AUGAAGUCUGCGAUAUUUGGCGCACUCACGCUGGCAGUGAUCUCGAACGCUUUCCCUAGUCCGCCUUCCGAUCUGGCCGCACGAGCCUUCAACCCAGCUCUCCACUCCAGGGAUGAGGGUGAUCUCUCAUACGCACCUUACAACACUUCGUGCCCAGCGGGAGUCACAGACUUCAUCAGGACGGGACAGGCACUCUCCGCCAAUGAGACUGACUAUAUCAACGCACGUAUGCAGAAGAUCAUCGAUCCACUCACAGAUUGGCUCGACAGCGCAAACCUCUCGUACGACAUGGAUAAACUUACAAGUAAUUCCACAAAUGCACCCAAACUCGGUAUAGCUGUGUCUGGAGGAGGUUAUCGUGCCAUGUUGGGUGGCGUUGGGUUUAUAAAUGCACUCGAUAACCGCAAUUCCUCGGUCGACUUUGAGACUGCUGGUCUCCUCCAGUCUGCCGCUUACAUGUCUGGCCUCUCAGGCGGUUCCUGGGCAGUCGGCGGUUUUGCUGCGCAGGACAUGAAGCCAACUUGGGAAUGGAUGGAGACUGCGAGACUUGACGAAAAUAUCUUUUAUCCAGGAUUUUUAGACAGUUUCAGUUAUUUUUAUGAUAUGUUUGAGGAUAUCGAGGAUAAAAAACACGCUGGAUUUGAAGUCGCUAUAUCGGACUAUUGGGCGAGGGCUUUGAGCUACCAUCUUCUCGCUGAACCAGAGAGCAAGUUCCCUGGCUAUGGCAGAAACACUACAUUCUCUGGAGCCAUUAGAGAUGCAAGCACCUUCCAAUCGAACGACAUGCCCUACCCGAUUGUACAAGCACUUGAGCGCCAGCCUGAUCAGAUUAUUGUUGGUCAGAAUGCGAGUAUAUGGGAGAUGACACCCCACUCCUUCGGGACAUACGGCCCACUCGGAGGUGGUGCGCGUGAUUCCAGUCCAAACGGCUUUAUUGAUAUCGCUCUUGUCGGGACAAAGCUCCUCGACGGCCAACUAAAUGGUACCGACCAGUGUGUCAAUGGAUUGGACAACUUUGGAUUUGUUAUUGGCACCUCAGCGACACUAUUCAACCAGGGCGUUAUCAAAGCACAAGGCUCAUUGUCUGGCUGGGACAUCUUCCAAGACAUGGCCGAAAGUGUUCUCAGUGACUUUUCAGAGACUAGAGACGAUGUUGCACAAUGGAGAAACCCAUUCUAUGGAUGGAAAAACGACACCAACAAAAUCAGCGAUGCAGAAAAUGUCGUUCUGAUUGAUGGUGGAGAAGCUCACGAGAACCUGCCACUGAAUGCACACAUCAAACCUGAACGACAAGUGGACUUGGCUAUAGGCUUUGAUGCAACGUCCAACACAAACAAUGGAUGGCCAAACGGCACUAGUCUAUACGUCACUUACAAUCGUACCAUGCACGAUGAUGAUCAAAUCUCAUUCGCGAAUGUACCAACACCAGAACAGUUCGUAGCGCAGGGCCUGAACACGCGUCCAACAUUCUUUGGGUGUAACUCUUCCGAUGUGACAAACUACAACGAAUCCAGACACACUCCAAUCAUUGCCUAUAUUCCAAAUUACCCAUAUGUCGGAGCUGUCAAUACGAGUUCUUUCAAAUUGGAAUAUGAUUGGGAAGAGGCUUCUACGCUUAUGAAGAACGCUGAGGCAUCUACGUCUCUCAACGGCUUAGUCAAGGAUGGCGAAUGGAAGCGCUGUCUCGCAUGCGGUCUUGUUGAUAGAGCUAGAGAAAGAAACGGCAUAGACAGAAGUGAAGAGUGUCAGACUUGCUUCAACGACUGGUGUUGGAAUGGUGAACAGGUCGACACGUCGGAUGUGUCUAAGUAUGAACCGGAAAUCCCAAGCGUUCCUCAAUUUGUGCAGGAAAGGUCAAAUGAAGAUCCUCUGAUUCAACCAAAUGAAUCAGGAAAAUCACAAACAUUCUCUGGAAGCGCGCAAACUGUAUUCUCAUUUACGUUACUGCUCAUAUCUGUAUCUCUUGCUGGUACUGCACUACUCUAG